CUCUGCCUCUCUACUCCAUAGAUAGUAGUCUAUUUUCUUUAUCUUGUCCUAUUUGGCUCUACAAUUCAAUUGGUUUUACGUUUCGAUUCUCUAAUACUUUAUCAGACGCUCGCGUAUUGCUGCUGCUUGCCGCGCUCGUUACCCCACCUUCCACCGCCAAAAGAUAUUCUUCCCUCCGAAAUUUAUACACUUGCGAUAUCAAAGUCACAUUUCAAUAUUCAGAACAACAAUGCCGUCCCUCCAAGAAAGCAAGCUCGCCUUCAUUGGCGGUGGUAACAUGGCCUCGGCCAUUAUCACAGGUCUCGUCGGCCAAGGCGCCAACAAGCAGAACAUCACCGUCUCAGAACCAUGGGAUGUCAACCGCGAGAAAAUUGCAACGAUUGGAGUUCAAACUACAACUUCCAACGUUGAAGCUGGAAAGGAAGCGGACCUUAUUGUCAUUGCCGUCAAGCCCCAAGUCGCCAAGGGCGUGUGCAAGGAGCUUGGUGAGGCCUGGUCGCAGCGCGCAACUCUGCCGGUUGUUGUUUCCAUUGCUGCGGGAAUCACUCUUGUGAGCUUGGAGGAAUGGCUUAAGACGAGUGAUGGAAGGACACCGCAUGCUGUUCGUGUUAUGCCAAACACUCCUGCAUUGGUUAAUGAAGGCGCUUCGGGUGCUUUUGCUAGUAAAGAUGUGACGGAUGAUGAGAGAGCGCUUGUUGAUGCACUUCUCGGAAGUGUGAGCAAGACCAUUGAAUGGCUGAGUGACGAGAAGCUGCUGGAUGUGGUGACAAGUUUGUCCGGAUCGGGACCUGCGUAUUUCUUCGCCAUGGUUGAACAUCUCAUCACCAGUGCCACUCAAUUGGGACUUUCACAAGAGCAGGCUACUAGGUUAGCUACGCAGACAUGUCUCGGAGCCGGCAAGAUGCUUGUUGAAUCUUCGGAUGAACCCGCCCAGCUGCGCAAGAACGUUACCAGUCCCAACGGCACCACGCAUGCCGCACUCCAGACGUUCGAAGCCCUGGGCUUCAAAGAUAUUGUGGACAAGUCUGUCAAGGCAGCAGCGGCUCGGGCCGAAGAGUUGGGGAACUCUCUUGGGUAAAUAGACAUGAUUAGUUGAUCCUGAACUAUCAUUCUGCCAAUUAGACUAUCUAUACUCUUCUCUCUUCUGUACUUUUGGCUGCCUCCACUCGGGAUAAGGCCAUACCCAUCUGCUCAAUCUUGACUCAUUGGACGUAUUGCUAUUACGCGGCUCCAGCCACAUUGCGAAAUGUAGCCACCGUCAACCUGGACCCCACAAAACAAUUAAACAGACUUUAUUUCAG